GGCCGGUCCUGCCGGGUGCCGCCCCGCCGGUCACGUAGCUCUGCGGCACCGCAGCCCCAUUUACCGCGGGGCCGGAGCUCGCAGCCCGCAGUCCGCGCUCAUCGCCGCCCGCCCUGCACGCCGCCACCAUGACGCACCAAUACCCCGCGCUGACGGCCGAGCAGAAGAAGGAGCUGUCGGACAUCGCGCUGCGCAUCGUGGCCCCGGGCAAGGGCAUCUUGGCUGCAGAUGAGUCCGUAGGGAGCAUGGCGAAGCGCCUCAACCAGAUCGGGGUGGAGAACACGGAGGAGAACCGCCGGCUGUACCGCCAGAUCCUCUUCAGCGCCGACAGCCGGGUGAAGAAAUGCAUUGGGGGGGUCAUCUUCUUCCACGAGACCAUGUACCAGAAGGCUGACGAUGGAACCCCCUUCGUGCAGAUGAUCAAGGAUAAGGGCAUCGUCGUGGGCAUCAAGGUAGACAAGGGUGUUGUGCCGCUGGCUGGGACCGAUGGCGAGACCACCACGCAGGGUCUGGAUGGGCUGUCGGAGCGUUGUGCCCAGUACAAGAAGGAUGGGGCUGACUUUGCCAAGUGGCGCUGUGUGCUGAAGAUCAGUGACAACACUCCCUCUCCCCUCGCCAUCAUGGAGAAUGCCAAUGUCCUGGCCCGCUAUGCCAGCAUCUGCCAGCAGAACGGCAUCGUGCCCAUCGUGGAACCAGAGAUCCUGCCUGAUGGUGACCACGACCUCAAGCGCUGCCAGUACGUGACGGAGAAGGUGCUGGCAGCUGUCUACAAGGCACUGAGCGACCACCAUGUCUACCUGGAGGGCACCCUGCUGAAGCCCAACAUGGUGACCCCAGGGCACUCCUGCCCCACCAAGUACAGCCCUGAGGAGAUUGCCAUGGCCACUGUCACUGCCCUGCGUCGCACCGUGCCCCCCGCCGUGCCAGGUGUCACCUUCCUGUCCGGGGGUCAGAGCGAGGAGGAGGCUUCCAUCAACCUCAACGCCAUCAACACGUGCCCGCUGAUGCGGCCAUGGGCUCUCACCUUCUCCUAUGGGCGGGCGCUGCAGGCAUCGGCGCUGAGCGCCUGGCGCGGGCAGAGGGACAACGCCACCGCUGCCACUGAGGAGUUCGUCAAGCGUGCAGAGGUGAACGGGCUGGCGGCGCUGGGCAAGUACGAGGGCAGCGGGGACGACUCGGGGGCCGCCGGGCAGUCCCUGUACGUGGCCAACCACGCUUACUGAGCCCCUGUGUGCACCCCAGCGGCCCCCUCCCUGCACCGCUCACAUCCCACUUCCCCCCCAGCCACCCCAGGGAGCCGCCACGCGGGGAGGGGAAGGGGAGCGCGCCCCACGGGCGGCCCCACGCAGAUGAAAUGGGGGGGGGGGGUCCUGGUUAUACUCGGCCCCCUUGAAGAGAAACACCCGAGUGCCCCUGUUGGUGUGGGGGGCUCUGGCCAGGCCGCGUGGUGGGGGGGCAGGAGGGGAGGUCUGGGGGGCCGUGCCCCCGCCCUGCCGUAGCUUCGCAGUCCCGGUUGCUGCCGCCCUCGGGGCGCCUGUGUUGUGUUCGCCAUGUGCACCCCAUGUGUACCACAUAGCCUAACAGCGAAUAAACGGUAGAGACAGCGC